AUGAAACAAAUGUAAGUCAAACAAAUAAAAACAUUAAAUUUAAAAAGUCCUUUUCUCUGUACAUUUAACUGUAGUAUUUUUUUAGGAACAGGAAUUUAAUUGGGAUUCGAAAAUACAAGGAUUUGUUUUGAGCUCCUUUUUUUAUGGAUACCUUAGCACACAAUUAUUAGGAGGAUGGCUAGCUGCUCGCAUCGGUGGAAAGAGAGUUUUUGGAAUAGGAAUUGCGGCGACAGCGUUUUUUACUAUCAUUACACCACCUCUUGCCAAAAUAAACGUUUAUAUUCUCAUUACAUUACGUGUAAUCGAGGGUAUCUGCGAGCGGCAGAUACUUUACCAUCAUCAUCAUCAUCAACAUCAAAAUGUACAAAAUCCAUAUCCAUGCUAACAGAAUCCAAAUUGAGGUCAACGAAUACGAACAUAGAAUCUUUUGUUAUUAAAACAUCAAUUGCAAACAGAAAAAAUUUGACAUACAAGUAGCUAAAUUUAUUUACGCCACAAACUCGGCCUUUAGACAUGUUGAACAUCCAGAGUUUAUAAAAUUAAUAUACUUAUUGCAUCUUGGCUAUAAACCGCCUUCAAGACAUCAAAUCGCAAAUGAGCUAUUAAAUGAAGUUUUUGACUCAGAGUUGAUAAAAGUAAAAAAUUAUGUACAUGGAAAGAAUGUAUGUAUAGCUCAAGAUGAGUGGAGUAACAUUCACAAUGAUUCUGUUUUAUGUAUAUCAGUGACUGAUAUCAUUGACGAAACUGUGCAUUUAUGCGAUACUAUUGAUACCGAAGGUAACAGCCAUACAGCAGAGUACUUGCUAAAUUUGGCAGUAAUUUCAAUCAAAAGUUGUCAAAAACAUGGUUGUAGAGUUAGAAGCUUUGUGACUGAUAAUGCAGCGAACAUGCGUAAAAUGAGAGAACAAUUGGCAAAUGUGAAGAACUUGGCAUGCCUGAUAUUAUUACUUAUGGAUGCUCCGCACAUAUUUUAAAUCUUCUUGCGCACAACAUUGAAAUUCCAGAAAUCAAAGAACAAGUUAAAACAAUUAUGAAAUAUUUUCGAAACACGCAUUUUGCUGCUGCUAAGUAUAAAGAAGCAGGUGGAAAAGCUUUAAUAAUGCCACAAGAUGUUCGAUGGAAUACUUUGACCGAUUGUCUGGAAUCAUAUAUUAAUAACUGGCAUAUUUUGUCUAAAGUUUGCACUGAUAAUCGAGUAGCAAUUAGUCCGGAUAUUUCAUCCAAAAUUAACGAUGUGAAUUUAAAAGUGAAAGCAACGGACUAUUUGGAAAAACUAAAAAUAAUUUCAGUCGCAUUAGACAAAAUUCAACGAGAUUGCUGUACAAUUGGUGAAGCCACAGAAAUUUGGAUCAAAAUAAUAAAUCAUUUUAAACUUCAAUAUAAUUUUUCAGAAUCUGAUCUUAAAUGUGUUCUGCAGCGUUUCAAAAUGGCAAUGACGCCUGCACAUUAUUUAGCAAAUUUGCUAGAUCAUCGAUUUAGAGAACUUCAGUUAAGGGAAGAACAAUUAGAUGAAGCAAUGGAAUAUAUCAAUUUGUAUCACCCUGCAGCCAUGCCUGACGUAAUAUCUUAUCGAGCAAAAACUUCUCCAUUCAAGUAUUAUCUUUUUUCUGAAGAAUCCAUUAAAAAUGUUAAGCCAAUAACGUGGUGGCUUGCGUUAAAAGAAAAUAUUAAUACUGUAACGUUUGAUUUAGCAAUACAACUUCAUACAGCAAUUGCUUCUUCUGCUGGUAUAGAAAGGCUGUUUUCAGCUUUUGGUUUAGUGCACACAAAAUUGAGAAACAGAUUAGGCGUAGAAAAAGCUUCAAAAUUAGUGAUAAUUUUAAAAGCACUCAAUAAAAAGGUUGAUAAAACUGAGAUUGAAACUAGUAACUAGUAACUGAGGCUAUUAUAUUAUAUUCUUUAUUAAUGUAUUACAUUAUAUUAU